CACAUACCAUCUACCACCUCACAACCACCUCCACCUCUGUCUUGAUCGCUACUUGCUGUUCUUGACGCGAAAGAGGAAGAAAGAUGGUUUCCGCCUCGAAAGCUGCCCGCGAGGCAAAGCGUGCCGCCGACGGUAAGGCACCAAAGAAGACGGCCGCCUCGAAGCUCGCAUCAAAGAACGCCUCCACCGCCUCGUCUGUCAACGGCGACGACACGCCACCUCUCCAGGAUGGCAACGAGAUCGACCCUGUUCCAGACAAGAAAGUGCUCACAAAGUUGGAGAAGCUGAAGCUGCAGGAGGAUGCUGACGGUAUCUCCGACCGCGUAACGACCGGUGUGCUGUCGUCGCUCGAGGCCAGCAGAGACGUGAAGAUGACAUCUUGCUCGCUCGUGUUCCACGGCAAGGUUCUGUUCAAUGACACCACGAUCGAAAUUACUUACGGGCGACGAUACGGUCUGCUCGGAGAAAACGGAUGUGGCAAGUCCACGCUGCUCAAGUCCAUCAGCAAGCGCGAAUUCCCGAUCCCCGAACACAUCGAUAUCUACUUGCUCAACGAGGGUGCUGAGCCAAGCGACACUGGCGCCCUUCAGUGGGUGGUGAACGCUGCAGAGAACGAGAUGGCUAGGUUGGAGAAGCUUUCGGAGACUAUCCUGGAGGACGAAGGUCCAGACAGUCCUAAGCUCGAGGCCAUUUACGACAAGAUGGAUGGCAUGGACCCAUCUACAUUCCACACUCGUGCCGGUCAAAUUUUGACCGGUCUCGGCUUCAACAAGAAGACCAUGGACAAGAAGACAAAGGACAUGUCCGGAGGUUGGCGUAUGCGUGUCGCGCUUGCCAAGGCGCUUUUCGUGAAGCCUUCUCUGCUCCUGCUCGAUGACCCUACUGCACAUUUGGAUCUCGAGGCAUGUGUGUGGUUGGAGGAAUAUAUGAAGAAGUGGGACCGCACAUUGAUUCUGGUCUCGCACUCUAUGGAUUUCUUGAACGGUGUCUGCACAAACAUGAUUGACAUGAGAUUCAAGAACCUCCAAUACUACGGUGGUAACUACGACUCCUACAUGAAGACCAGGUCCGAGAACGAGAUCAACCAGCAAAAGGCGUAUGAGAAGCAACAAGAUGAGAUCAAGCACAUCAAGGAGUUCAUCUCCAAGGCCGGUACAUAUGCCAACUUGGUGCGUCAAGCCAAGUCGCGCCAAAAGAUCCUGGACAAGAUGGAGGCAGACGGCUUCAUCCAGCCAGUGCACCAGGCACGUGUCUUUACCUUCCGUUUCGCAGAUGUCGAAAAGCUUCCACCUCCAGUCCUCUCCCUCGACGACGUCACAUUCUCCUACUCUGGAAACAAGGACGAUACUCUCUACGAGAACCUGGACUUUGGUGUCGACAUGGACAGCAGAACAGCACUUGUCGGGCCCAAUGGUGUCGGAAAGUCGACUCUGCUCCGCAUCUUCACAGGCAAGCUCUCGCCCAACAGCGGAUCCGUGUCUCGCCACACUCACUUGAAGCUCGGCAUGUACUCUCAGCACUCUGCCGAACAGCUCGAUCUCACCAAGUCAUCCCUCGACUUUGUCCGUGACCGAUACCCCCACGUCUCACAAGACUACCAGUACUGGCGACAACAGCUCGGCAAGUACGGUCUGUCUGGCGAGUCGCAGACUGCAAUUAUGGGUACUUUGUCAGAAGGUCAGAAGUCCCGUAUCGUCUUCGCUCUGCUUGCUAUUGAAGCGCCAAACAUGCUGCUUCUCGAUGAGCCUACCAACGGUCUUGACAUUGAGACCAUUGACUCGCUCGCCGAUGCGAUCAACGCUUUCACGGGUGGUGUUGUCGUAGUAUCCCACGACUUCCGACUGCUCGACAAGAUCGCCAAGGACAUCAUGGUCUGCGAGAACAAGACUGUCACCCGAUGGGAUGGCAGCAUCGGAGCCUACAAGAACCACUUGAGGAAGAAGAUGAUUAGUGCUGGUGCAGUCUAGAUGUGCUCACGCCAUGAAAGAUUGAAUUGGAGGCCUGAAAUGAAUUCAUAGAGAGCUGCAGGAAGAAGGAAGGCAUGAAUGGGAAAGACGCUUCGGUAGUGCACCGAGCUCGCCUGGGCAGGUUCUAUAGACGAUUGCCUUGCCGCAUUGCAUUCGAGGGGAUAUCCUGCGUUGGGUCUGGCGUUUGCAAUCAAACUAAGUAUAGAUACCAAAAGAUUGUUUCCACGCAC